UCCGAAUCUUUCGGUCACCAUCCCAAAUUUACCCCCAUUGUUUCCUGCCAUCCUUUGCACAUUAUGGAAAAUGGGGAUUUUAACCUCUUGGAAGCCGAAGUGCCCCUCAUUGAAGACCUGCGUCGUUUGAGUGGUGCGGUAGCACUCUCACUCGGUGUUUUCCACCAUGGCCGCAUUAUCUAUACUAGACACUUCGGUCGUCGAGAUGUCGAGAUUCCUGAUCCUCCAAACGAUGAUACAGUCUACUAUUUGGCAUCCGUAUCGAAAUGCAUCGGUGUCUGCGCUCUAGCGCGUCUGGUCUCGGAUGGCGUUUUGGACUGGGAUACACCAAUCCGCAAAUACCUACCAACAUUCGAACGCACAGAAGACGAAUUUGGACAGCAAGCGACAUUGCGCGAUCUUGCUUGCCAUCGGACAGGGUUACCGCUGGCGAACUUCUGGUGGGGCCAGAUGGAAGGCGAGCUUUUGCUCAACACGGCGCAGCUUGUUCAGCAGGCGUGUCAUCUAAAGACCAUCGCGCCCUUUCGAUCGUCAUUCUACUACUCAGCCUGGAACUACUUUCUCAUUCAUGCCAUUGUCGAACGCGUCACGGGAAUCUCGUUCGGCGAGGUAGUAAAGACACUCUUGCUUAAUCCACUGGGCCUCAAAAACACCACGUUCGACACGCCCCCAGCGACGCCGAACUUUGCCUUAGCGCACGCUGCACGCAACGAUGGAACGUCAUCGAGAAUACCCAUGAACUCCUUGGAUUCAUCCACUGGGUUAGGUGCCAGCAUGGGUGGAAAGGGCACAAUGGAGGACAUGCUCAGCUUCUUCAGUGCCUUUGUCUCAGCCUACCGCUACCAGAAAGAACAUGGGGUGGAUAGUACGCCAAAUACUCCCUUUUUUCAACUCCGAAGUGUCCUCCAGCCGCAGAUUUCCGUCAAAGAAGACUCACCCUCAUCGUAUUGUAUGGGAAUUUACCGCACGAAGCUUCCCGGCGUACUUAGCUGCGCAAGCCUCAACGCCCCGCUACUAGGGCAGAAGCUUCCAAUCUUUGGAUCCAACAACCCUGGCACGGAGAUCUUUCAUCAUACGGGUAACCUUCCUGGGUGUUUUGGUAGCUACUUCCUUAUCCCCGAGACACAGAGCGGAGUUGUCUGCUUAACGAACACGACACCGCUCUUUGACCCGACGGACUUUGCCGCCCAGAUUGCACUCGGCGUGCUGCUUCGAGAGAGUAAACCAGACAACUUGCUAGCUCUGGGAAAGCUAGCCGCGAAGCAGCAAAUCGGCUGGUACCAGAACAUUAACAAGUACCUUGCCAGCAAGCGCACAUCCGUUCGCCCCUCCGUGCCUCUCGCGUUGUACGCCGGGACCUACAUUAAUCGCGCAGCCAACUUCAAACUCGUCGUCACACCUACCGCUACGGGUCUUCGCAUCGCAGUUCAGGGCUCCUCCAAGACUUUUUAUGACCUGGAGCCAUUGGACGGCGAUACGUUCUUCUGGCCCGCUGAUCGAGAUCGCGGGCUGUGUCGGGGCAUGUUUCCAUAUCCCUUCUCACCACUUCAUACUGUGAAAUUUUGGGUCAGAGAGAGCUGGGUUGAUAGGUUGAUUUAGCAUACGGAUAUGCUGACGAAGCCGGACAUUUUCCAUAGAGCCUCUGAAGGGAGCAGCGGAAAGUUCUGAGAUAUUUCCUUUUCCAUGUUGAUUGCAAUCGUUGCCAGAUAUCUCCAACAGUCUGUCGCCAAUCGUUCCAGCUACUUGCUUGUCCUUCUUUCAACAGCAGUCGAUCUUCACGUACUCAACAUAUUCACGAUUUCUGAAGGAAACGAAGAACUGCUUUGGUCGCAUUGGCCCUUCAUUCCGGUCUAUGUUCUGGGGCGGUUGGUGACGGGGUAUUUUUCAGAUUUAGGAAUGUGUAGAAGUGACAUUCUAGUUGUCACCGCUGCUACUCACUUCGAUAUGGCUGGUCAAGAAU